AUAUGCACCUCGCUUGCAGUCGCCCAAACAAACCACUCCCCGUCAGCAUCGAUCAGCGCUCCCACCUCAUCCCGAUGACCCCGCCUCCUUCUCCCUCCUCCGUACAGUUCAUCUAGCUUCCUGCAGAAGAUAGUCCACGGCCGAGCCCCUCUCCCAUCACCACACGCACGCACGGCACCGGUUCGGAACAGUGUGGAAAGCAAGCAGUCUAUAUUGACUUUUGACGCCAGCCAUUCAGUUUGUGGAUACUGGAAACUGCGAAAUCAUUGGACCCAGGUAUGACCGUCGCGAUUGGGCCUCGUUCGGCAUUGUUGCAUUUGCUGGAUCUGCGAUUGUCUCUCCUGAGGGACGAUGCCCGAUUCCUCGGGAUGCUCCUUGUCAUCAGUUGUAACAUAAAUUCGGUCGGCCCCAGCACGAAAGGAUAGUCCCGGUCACUAUUCACCACUGGUCCGACCGUUAUUUUGACAUAUAUUUGUGAUUGAAGGCUUCGAAGUGCCAAUGGAACUGAAAGUGAUCCGGGACCCCGGCGACGCUCGCGUGGACAUUGUUUUCGUCCACGGCUGGCAUGGCGAGCAGCCUGGCUGGACCUCUGCCGCCAAAUCCGUGUUCUGGCCCGAGAAGCUUUUUGCGAGCAAGGUUUCCGAGGCGCGCGUAUUCUCGUUUGAGUACGAUGUGACUCUCGAAACGUUCUGGAACGAGGAAGACCUUAUUACCGAACUUUCGAACGAGCUGAUGGACCAGCUUAUGGAUCAGCGCACCGAGCCGGAGAAGGAGAAACGAGCUGUGAUUCUUGUAGCACAUUGCCUUGGAGGGUUAAUCUGCGAAAAUGCGCUCGUCCAAGGAGCGGAGCACAACGACCGGAAAGCCCUUGUCAGCUGCGUCAAGGGGCUCCUUCUACUUGGGACCCCACAUUACCACCCUGGUGUGCUGAGUGAAGCAAACAAGUAUUUCGAGCUAGCGGGAGAAGAGGCCCCUAGCGAGUUUGGCCUGGAGGAAAAGUCAGACUGGGUGCUGGGGAUCCCGCGCGAGUUUGCUAAGCUCCGUGCCGCCGGGCUGGAGAUGGACAUCCAAUGUUUCUACGAGGGAUCCCCUACCGAUCUCAACGGGAAGGGAGUCAAGAUCGUGGAGAUGGCCUUGGCGCGGUGCCCCGACGGGCCUCCCGCAGAGCGGCUGGCAGCCAACCAUGUGAAGAUGAGUCAGUUCGAGGAUGAGAAUGAUCGCGACUUUGUCAAAGUGCUGCGAGUCCUGAAGAAAUGGGUGGCUAAGGUUCCCGCCCCGGAGAAAGAUGGAGGCACUACCGUCAACAAUGUCUCUCACGCCUCCUUUGCGGGAUCGACAAACUCGGGGUACCAGUUGGGUCAGAAUGUCGGUAACCAAAGUGGGUUCGUUUUUGGAAGAGCAUAGUGGUGGAAAUGGUAUCGUGUGAUUGAUCAGGAUGAUGAAUUCUCGCUCUGAAGCUUUCUGGAAUGAUGAUAUCGUGCAUCGAGUGCUGUUGUGUGACCUUGAAACUGUGUAAACUGUGGGCCAGUAAGCAAGACAGAUGCAGUCGGCGGAGCAAAUCACCCCCAUUGGCGUAAGGCAUAUGGUGUCGCAGCGUACUUGACGCCCGGGACAGAGUUUCGCCUGUAUAAUGAUAACAAAUCAACCAAACAUCAAGGUGCUAGUGCCGUGAUCAACCCGAUUAGUCGUCAG